UGAAGCAUUAUAAGCUGGAUUAAGCCGUCUGUAAAGCUUUGUGGGUAACAAGAGACAGACAGAGUGACGGUUGUGAGGACUGUGUGAAGCUGUAAAUGUGUAUCUCAGGUGUCGAGGUUUGGUGUUGAUGACAGUGACGGGUUUAGACGGAGGGUCCAGGAAUAACAACUUAAACCUUGUUGAUAUGUUCAGAUUAGCUCUUUGCAUUUACUACAGUCUUGUCCGUCUGUUUUGUCUGUGUCUCUGUCCUCCUUGGACAGAUAGGUGGGCAGGUACAGGCCUAUGUCAUGGUAUUAAGGGGAUUGCAGGUCAGGGCUUAUUAAUGAAGAAACAACCUAAACUGUUAAAAGACAGCAGAUGUACACUUAAUAUAACAUUUCUCACCUUUUUAAUCUACAAUCCGUAAAACACCUAAUAUUAUCUUGUGUUUGUUUGUAUGAUGGCGUAAUUUUGCAUUUCUUCCUUAAAGAAAUAUAAUGGGGUUUGUUUUGGACAAUUUAAUUACAAUAUUCAUUUUGUGCUGUCAUUUUGGGGUUGAAAAUAUGUGCAGAUAGAUUUAAACAUAAAGGCAACCAAAACAAAUCCUCAAAUGUUUUGUGUCGUAGUUUUAGAGCAAAUCCAGAUUCCUGUGUGUCUGCUCCGUCCUCUCUCCUCCCCCUUUAAGGCAAAAAUUGCCCAAAGAAUCUCAAAUAAAGUAAAUGAUAAACACAUCUUGAGACACUGCUUCCUUCUGUCCCAGUUGUCCACUCUGUCCAUUGAGGACCAGGAGGAAGCUCACUUUCCUUACGCCAUGAGAGACCUCUCUCUCUCCUCUGGACCAGGUGAACAGCACCAGGUGCCUGUUCACUGUGAGGCAGGUGCAACCAACGGGAGACUGCCCAGCCUUCCCGGGGCUCCUCCUCCUCCUCUGCACCGUCCCGCCCCCCGCCCCCCCGCUGGAUCUCCAACAGCGCCCCAGAGACCUCACCGUGGGUUCCAGCCUCUGUUGCUGAAGAAGCAGCUCGUGUCUCAGGCGUCUCUGGACUCCCCCGUCAGCCCGGCCUCUCGUCCACACAGUCCAUGGGGACGCUUUGACUCCCACGACUGUACAGAGGAUCAGGACAAGGAGUACGUGGGUUUUGCCACGUUGCCCAAUCAGGUUCAGAGAAAAACUCUGAAGAAAGGUUUCACAUUCACACUCAUGGUGGCAGGAGAAUCUGGUCUUGGCAAAUCCACACUCAUCAACAGUUUGUUCCUCACGGAUCUCUACAAAGACAGGAAAGUUCCCAACGCAGAAGAGCGCAUCAGUCAGACAGUUGACAUCAUCAAACACACCCUCAGCAUCGAGGAGAAGGGAAUCAAGCUGCAGCUCUCCAUCAUAGACACGCCAGGAUUCGGGGAUUCCCUCAACAACACAGAGAGCUGGAGGCAAAUCGAAGACUACAUCGAUCAGCAGUUUGAACAGUUCUUCAGAGACGAGAGUGGCUUGAACAGACGGAACAUCCAGGACAACAGAGUUCACUGCUGCCUUUACUUCAUCUCUCCAUUUGGCCACGGUCUUCGACCUCUGGAUGUGGAGUGUAUGAGGGCCUUGCAUGAGAAGGUCAAUUUAGUUCCUGUGCUGGCCAAAGCUGACAGCCUGACACCGGCGGAGGUCUGCAGAAAGAAGACAAAGAUCCAAGAGGAGAUCAAGCAGUUUGGGAUCAACAUCUACCAGUUUCCAGAGUCUGAUUCGGAUGAGGACGAAGAGUUUAAGAUGCAGGAACAGAUUCUCAAGAACAGCAUCCCAUUCGCAGUCAUCGGGGGUAACGCUCAGGCGGAAAGCAAAGGACACAAGUUCAGGGGUCGUGCUUAUCCGUGGGGUGUGGUAGAAGUGGAGAACCCGGCUCACUCGGACUUCCUGCUGCUGAGGAACAUGCUGGUGAGGACGCACAUGCAGGACCUGAAGGACGUGACCCGCGAGACGCACUACGAGAACUACAGAGCUCAGUGCAUCCAGAACAUGACGCGCAUGGUGGUGGAGGAGAGGACGCGCAGUUUGUUUGAGAAGCAUCGAGAGGGAGGCAGCGAGGCUGAUUUCCCUCUCCCGCUGGCUGUCACUACCGGAAAGGAAAGACUCAUCUCUGAGAAAGACGAAGAGCUGAGGAGGAUGCAGGAGGUGCUGGGGAGGAUUCAGGAGCAGAUGCAGCACAACCAGGCCUGCUGACUCUCACAUUACUGUAACUCCCCACAGGAGCAGAGAGAGGGCAACAGUUCAUGAGAGUUAUGAAAAGGAAAUGAGCCACAUUGCACCACUAAGGUCCUCGUCUGGUCACGUCUGGUGAGGUUUUCCUCAGUUGGACGUGUGUGAAACUUGUGAGUGACAUUCAGAAACCUGCAGCAAAAAUGGAGCUUUAUUAAAAUCUAUCUCCUAUUAACAGAUUCAGUUGUCAGCAAAGCACUUCAAGCUAUAAAAAUUGUACGCAUGUUAACCCUUAAAUAGCUAAGAUUUGUCACAACGCAUCAUGCUUCACUUUAUGGUCUAAAAAAACCCCAACAAUGAAUGAAAUAUUUUCAAUAUA